AUGGAUCCUAUUACCGCAGUCAGUCUAGCCGGCACAAUAAUACAGUUUAUUGAGCUAGGAGCGAAAGUCGCAACCCGAGUUGCUGAUUUCAGCUCCGCCGUUGAUGGUGUUCCUAGGGCCUUCAAGCAUAUUCGCACAGAGCUACCCCUCAUACUUGACGGCCUGAGAAAAAUUCAACGCAACAUAGACAAUGGCUUCACUGAUAAAGAGGCCCAGGAGGCACUUAUGCCAGUAGUCAGGGGUUGCUUGGCAGAGACACAACAGCUGGACAGGGUCAUCGAGAAGGCCCUCCCUUCGAGUUCCGAUUCUUCUUGGGAGCGAAAACUUAAGGCGGUUAAGAGUCUGGCUUAUGAUCAAAAAAUUGAGGAAAUUGCGGAGUCACUUGAAAGCUACACCAAGACUUUAAUCUUUCAUCAGGUAAUCGAAAACUUCAACCAUCUCAAAAUUGAGCAGCAGCUACCUCCAUGCCCCGAUCAACUCUGGCUAGUGCCGUUCGACAGAAACCCCUCAUUCGUCAGGCGGGAUAAGACUUUUGCAGAAAUCGACCAUGCAUUCGCAGUUCAAGGGGGAAGUCAGCCAAAGGCAGCUCUCUGUGGUCUAGGAGAUGGUGCUAAAUCUGAUACGGCAUUGCUCUUGAAGAACUGGCUUGAAUUUCGGCACGUGGGCUCAUGGCUCAUGGUUAUUGAUAAUGUGGAUAAUGGGGACGCAUUUUUCUGCGGGACAAUGACUGUCGGCAAAACCCCCUCUGAGUGCAUACCUCAUUGCGAAAAUGGUUCUCUGCUAUUCACGACAAGAAGUCGGGACGUGGCAUUUGAUGUGGCGAAUCCCGAAAUGCCCAUCAUGAUCCAUGAACUAGGAAAAACAGAGGGGCUUAGCCUAGUCAGAAAGCGCUUGCGAGAGAACUGCUCUGACAGGCUGAUAUUUGAACUCCUCCAAGAACUUGAGUAUAUUCCACUCGCAAUCACUCAAGCAAUUGCCUUUAUGGUAAAGAGGCAAAGAACUGUUGAACAGUAUCUGAGGCAGUACCGAAAAAGCGAUGCUAUCAAGGCGAAGUUUCUCAGUUACGAAUUCUCUGAACAUGCGCGGCCAGAAAACACACUAGAGUCGGUAACAAAAACAUGGAAAUUAUCUUUCGAGUCCAUAAGAAAGACAAAUCGAAGAGCAGCGGACUUGUUGUGCCUUAUCAACUUUUUCCAGCAUCAGGGAAUUCCUGUUAUACUCUUGCAAGAUGAAGACGAAGUAGAAGAUGAUUUUGACUUCCAGGAAGCAGCUGCACUUUUGAAAGCCUUUUCAUUCAUCGAAGAGAAUAAUUCUAUGUUUAGCACUCAUUGCCUUGUACAGUUGGCGACAAGGUGGUGGCUAGAGGAAGAGGCUCCCGAGGAUAUGGAUAGAUUGGCUUUCGAAGCAUUAAAAUCCAUCUCCUCCCAUUUUCCUGAGUCUUCAUCUCAGCCUGGACCGGAGUACUUUAAGCUCGCAGAAAUCUUGGUUCCUCAUGCAGAGCUCAUUCUUCAACAUAAAUUCAAGAAAGCCACCAAGGAUUCGGAAUUACUUAGAGCAAAGCUAUACAUGUCUUCAGGAGAUUAUCUCGCUUGGAAUGGCAAUUAUGGCGAAGCUCUACUCAGAUUUCAGCAAUCGACGGAGAUAAAUUGCAGGUUUCUCGGGGAAAACCAUGUCGAUACGAUGGAUAGUAUGGACCUGCUAGGCUGGCUUAUGGGCGUUAUCUACCAUGACGUAAAAGCUCUGCCAAUUUUGAAGCGCGUUCUCGACCACAGGCGUCGAUUCUUAGGUGACAAUGAUCCUAUGACGAUUGACAGCUUGAGUGUUGUUGCCGCCGUCAUUGCUUUGACUGGCGAUUACACAGAAUCUGAGGCCAUGCAACGUGAAGCUCUAGCUCGCUCUGAGCGCGUUCUCGGGAAUGAGCACAAUGAAACGCUAAACUGCAUGGAGCAUCUUUCCUCUUUAAUGCUAAGCGAGAGUGAUGAAACCAUGGAAGAAGCAUUUUCCCUCUGGAGAUGGAACUUUGACCACGGCAAGAAAUUUGUCCAACAGCUUGUAUUGCGGCAAAGAAGUGCAGAGGCACGAGUGCUUUGUGCGCAAUGCCUGACAAAAGCAGACGACAAUCUUUAUAGAGAUAAUGUGUACGGCCAGAAGGUUUUCAAAGAGAUCAAGAACAUUUGGCAGGAUUUAUUCGAAGCAGAUACAGGCGACGGAGUUCCAUUAUAUACAAUGGCGUGGAAUGAAACCUCUAUACCUGACCUCACCGGCAAAGUGGUACUAGUGACUGGAGGAAACUCUGGAAUUGGCUUCGAAACAGUCAAGCAACUUGUGCUGCAUGGUGCCAAAGUAUACAUCGGCGCACGAUCUGAAUCUCGAGCGAAACAAGCGAUAAGCGAUAUUCUUUCUGAGAACCCAUCUGUCCCAAAGGAGCUUCUGGAGUGGUUGCCGCUGGAUCUGUCAUCGCUAUCUGAUGUCAUCAAAGCUGCAAACCUACUCUCAACUACCGAAAAAAGACUUGAUGUUUUGAUCAACAAUGCAGGCAUCUCGUCAGAUGAUUAUGUCACCACAAAAGAAGGACUGGAACAGGCACUUGGAGUAAAUCAUCUCGGCCAUUUUACUCUCACCGUUAAACUUUUGCCAUUGCUUCAGGCCACGGCAGACCAACCAGGCUCUGAUGUCCGAGUAGUCACAGUGAGCUCUUUGGCGGAGAAGUUUUCGCCCAAUAGCAACAACUUUGCAUCUGUGAAAGAUCUUAGUGACCCUGGCGCUACUAAUCCUAACGACUAUACGUCUCGCAAAGCAGUCUUUAGACGUUAUGGCACCAGCAAAUUGGCCAAUAUCCUCUUUACAAAAGAACUUCAAAACCGACUAACGCAACAAAAUUCCCCCAUUAUAGCUCUAACGCUUGACCCUGGACCCGUCGCAACCGAUGGCGGUAUGGGAGUGUUCCCCGGUCUGUUAAAGCCAAUUUUGAAACUGGUGAUGAAAAGCCCUGCCAAAGGUGCAUUGACGCAACUCUUUUGUGCGACUGCGCCCGACGUUGCAAAAGAAGCCGAUCGAUACAAAGGGCAGUUCUUGAAUGGGCCCGGGAAGAUUACCCAGGGUUCAGAAAGGUCGCGCAACAAAGAGCUGGCUCAGUCACUUUGGAAAAUCUCAGAGCAAGUCUACCCAAAGCUACCAGCCAAGCGCUCAUAUACACCAGAAAUAGUUUGGGACGACUCGUUGUCGGCAGCGGACGACCCUCACCCGCUGCAAUGGGAUCAAAUGCCGGAUUUGGAGUCUACCUUUGAAACGGCAAGGGCUGUUCAGUUUCUGGCGCCCAAGCUAUUUCGCGACAUCAAGCUGGAUAUUCCUCCAACUUGUGUCUCGCUCCCCAAUGACGUUGCGGCCCAUGUCGGAGACACUCAGCAGAUUCGCGACAUAGCGGCAGUGUUGUUCUCGCACGAUGCUUCGUGGCUACCAAUAGUGUGCCGGAAUCACUUUUUCCAUGCUUCACUCAACCCAUUAUCUCCUCGACGAUCGGAAAGCACGCUGUUGGCCUUGUGCAUGAAGCUGUAUUGUGCGACUGGGGUCCAUGAUGGUGGUAGUCAAAAGACAGCGCUUUACAGGACGUCAAAGCGGUAUCUUUCUGAGAUAGAGGCAGGUGGCCUCAUGUCACUGCAAGUCCUCCAAGCGGCAAUUUUCAUUGCCCUAUAUGAGAUCGGAAAUGCUAUUUACCCGGCUGCUUAUCUGACCGUUGGUGCCUGUGCCAGAUAUGGCAUUGCUCUGGGCUUGGAUAAGCUGAUGACGGACAACAGCGACUUCAACAGAUCCUGGAUGGAGAUAGAGGAGAAAAGAAGAAGCUGGUGGGCAGUACUGGCACUAGAUCGCUUUUUGAACUUCGGUGACCCUUCCAGGCGUCUAGCUACGGGCGACCCAGAGAUCAAUUAUUAUCUUCCCGUAGACGAUCAAUCUUUCUUAGAAGGUGACGUAUUGCCGCCUAAUGCUAUACCCAUCUCUGCCGCAUUUCACCUCAAGACUGGCAGCUUUGCUCGACUGGCUCAAGCAACAUACUUGACAAGCCAAGCUCUUCGGCUUGCAGCAGCUAUUGAGACAUCUGGUUCGGAGAAUUAUGUCUGUCUCGUGGAAGACACGAAGCAAUUGCGCCGUACACUCGAAGCUCAAGUCAAUGCUGCCGAACAAGAGCAUGCAACUCGUAGGUUAUCAUUUUGCUGCCAAACUAUGUUUUCUUAUUGUGGAAUAUUUCUACUCCAGAAUCAGCAGUGGCAGCAAGCCCGUCUCAAUACGAGGGACGCAUGCCUUGGCAUGUUUCCGGAAACUAAACGAGCGUUAGAAGUCAUGGGUCGCUUGGCAUCAGCCCUCAGAAAAGACUUUGAAGGUGGGACUGCUCCAGAAGAAGGCUUGCCCAUAUUCUUCAUGCAAACUCUAUACCAAGCCACAGCGGUAGUCAUGGAAAUGAGGCAAGACAAAGCAGAUGAAGACAUACAAGAGAAGAUCAACGCCUUCAGAUGGCUGCUGCAGUACUUUUGUACACGGUGGAAUGUGGCCAGCAAGUCUUACCUACUCAAUUGUAUUUAA